AUGUGGCAGCUCCUCCAUAUAUAUAUAUAUAGGGGAUUGAUACAAGAAGCUGGAAAUUGCACAGUAUUCGAUCUUCUUCCUCUCCAGUUAGAUUCUGUCUGCAGGAUGGCCAAUUAUCUCCUAUGGCUCUCCUUCUUCCUCUUCUCACAGCUCUUCCAUCUCUCCCAUGGCGAUGUCGGCACCUCUGCCAGCUACAGCCCGCCCUACACGCCCACGGCCUGCUACGGCGACGAUGGGUCCCAGUUCCCGUCAAACAACCUUUUUGCGGCGGCCGGAGAGGGGAUAUGGGACAAUGGCGCGGCUUGCGGGAGGCAAUACUUGGUCAGGUGCAUCAGUGCAGCUGCACCGGCGAGUUGCGUGGCCGGCCAAACAAUCCAAGUCAAGAUUGUCGACCGGUCGCAGACUGCGGUGUCGCAGCCGUCCCGGGGCGGCGCCACCAUGGCUCUCUCCACCACUGCCUUCGGAGCCAUUGCCAAUGGAUCGCCGGCUUCCAUGAACGUAGAAUUUCAACAGUACGGUAUGACGACGACUACGACGAUUCUAUCUGCCAACUUUGGACGGAGGGAAGUACUGCUGAUGAAGACGAUUCUUUUAUUGUCUAGACCUGAUCUAAUAUUUCAAUUUGUAUUCCCUUUCAAUAUAUAUAUACUACCUUUUAACAUCUUCUCCUUGUUUGCUUCAGCAUACAAGUCAAAUCAAUCUGGUUUUCUGAUCUAGAAUGCUCAAUUGGAAGUUCCCCAGCAAUUACGUUUAGAUGUUGGAGGGAGACGACAAAACCAAAGAAAGAAGUAAACAUGAAAACGACCACAAUAUAUGAUAAGAGAUCGAUCAAUAAUAUCAUUAAUGCCAGCAGCAUUCAAAACAAGUUUGAUUAAUCAAAAACAACAAAAAGUUCUAAUCUUUUUGACCU